ACUCUCACCCCGUCUUUGUUGACAGAUGACAGAAGAAGAGAAAUUGCGGGAGAAUACGAGGUAAACAUUUUAUCAAAAAAUAAAUAAAUAAACAAGUUUACUUCUUUGGUCCAGCUGACGUGUGCCAAACUGUUUCGUCUGAUAUAUAGCAAAAAACAUAUCAAGAGAACAUGUUGACCAACAGGAAAAGAAAAGUACCUGCCUGGAUGAAAGGAUCUAAUAACUCCAACACAGUCACCACAGAAUUGAGUAAAAAUGGUGUGAGCAGCCCCAAAUCACCUGUGGUUUCGUCUGCAGUGAAUGGUUCUUCCUUGAACAAUCCUCAGAAUGGUCUUUUUAAGGAUAACUCGUGUGACAUUGCAGUCAAAGAAGCUCCCCCUUUAAGAUAUUCUAAUGACAACCUCAGUGAUGGAGAGGAGGAUGAGCGUGAUAAGUCGACUCCUACCAAACGUUUUGCUGAUAGUCUUAGUGAAGAUGAAGAAAAUUGUGAGGCUGAAAGACAUUCCAGAAAUUCUGAUGAUGAAAAUAUCAGUAAUAGUGACGUGCAUGGCACAAGUAUGAAUAUGGAUCAUUCUAGGAGUAUCUAUGAAAGAGCCAAAGAUGAACAUGACAAUUUAGUUUCUCCAAAACCUUGUACACCUAACAGCCGGAACAACGCUGCGAAAGAUGUGGGAGCUGAUGCUGGAGCUAGAGUCAGCCCAGGUACUUCUGUACUGACCUCACCUGCUACACGAAAAUCCUGCCUUUAUGGUUCAUCCUGCUACAGAAAAAACCCACAGCACAAAGUAGAAUUUGCUCAUCCUGGAGACUCAGACUACUGUGACUCUUCUGGCACAAAUACUCCCAAAAAUGAUGCAGUUACCUCUACCUCUGAUGUUCGUCCCCUUUGUGAAUAUGGAUCAGCAUGCUACCGCAAAAAUCCUCAACACCGUCGUGACUUUAGACAUGAUACACCUAGAAAAAGGACUGCAAGACCAGUUGACAUGCAAGAUAUUCCCUCUGAUGACGAUGGAGAUUUUAAUUCUGGAUGUGAAUCGGACAACUUUAAUCCAGGUGAAAGUGAAUCUGAUGAUAGUUUUAUCACCUCUGACUCAGUAACUGAUGGAAGCAGUGAUGGGAGCUAUGAUGCAGAAGAGGAGGAAAAACCAAAAAAGAGAAAGAAAAAGGCAGAUAAAAGAAAGGGAAGGAAGAAAGUGAAAGGAGAUUGACAGUUUCAUUCACAUAUUUUAUAAAUUUCAUACUCUUAAUGUAUAGUUCAUAUCUUAUUUUUGUUUUUAUAAUUCUCUGUUUUUGUUGUAAUUAUUCCUUAUUGUUGUUUUAAUCAUUUCUUAUUUUUGUUCUAAUGUCAUGUCAUGCUCAAUUUGUUCUUUACGAAAAUUUCUUACUGCUAAUCUAAAUUCUGUCAUAGUCCCAAGCUCUAUGGAAAUGUUGUAUGUGUGAAAUUGUUGGGUGGAAUUUUUGUAUAAUUGAUUUCUGAUCAUCAAGACAACAAUAGACACAGGUA